GUGAGACUUCCUUCUUCAAAGAAAAAGGAAGCAGCUUUGGUUUGCUGCAGAUUGGGGUUAGGUAUGGAGAAGUGGAUGAAAACGGCGGGAAGUUUGUGAUUGUCGACGCAAACCAACACGCAUUCUGAGAGGAGAAGACAAAAGAUAGAGUAUGGGUUUCGUGGCUGAAGCAAAAGGAGAGAAAGAUUUAUAUCCAACAGUGUCCUGAAUUACGCUUUGUAAAUCAAAUCAAUAUACGGACAAUAACCGUCCGUUGGUGUCCUGUUAUAAAGUUAUUUGCUUUUUAUAUCCUCCUUUUAAGGGUCUCUUCUUUCUUCUCUCUCUCUCUGUGUUUCUUUCAUGGGUGUGCUUAGCUCGUGAAGGGUCUUCUUCCUCUUCUUCUUCUUCUUUCUUGUAUUUUCAUCUGAGUUCUUCUUCAAUGGCUAAUGUAGACGGAGAUGAUCUCAGUAGUUCUUUCUCAAGGUGUUAUAACGAUGAGCUAUACACAGAGCUAUGGAAAGCUUGUGCAGGUCCAUUAGUGGAGGUUCCUCUUGCUGGAGAGAGAGUUUUCUAUUUCCCUCAGGGUCACAUGGAACAGCUUGUGGCUUCAACUAAUCAGGGAAUCGAAUCAGAAGAGAUACCUGAUUUCAAACUUCCUCCCAAGAUACUUUGUCGAGUUCUUAGUGUCAUGUUAAAGGCUGAGCAUGAAACAGAUGAAGUUUACGCUCAGAUCACAUUACAACCAGACGAAGAUCAAAGUGAACUUACAAGUCUUGAUCCACCUACUGUUGAACCAACAAAACAAAUGUUCCACUCGUUUGUAAAGAUUCUAACAGCUUCAGAUACAAGCACUCAUGGUGGAUUCUCUGUUCUUCGCAAACACGCCACUGAAUGCUUGCCUGCCUUGGACAUGGCACAAGCUACUCCUACUCAAGAGCUUGUCACUAGAGAUCUUCAUGGGUUUGAAUGGAGGUUUAAGCAUAUAUUCAGAGGACAACCUAGGAGGCAUCUACUUACAACUGGUUGGAGUACAUUUGUAUCCGCAAAAAGACUUGUAGCUGGAGAUGCCUUUGUGUUCUUGAGGGGUGAGAAUGGGGAUUUAAGAGUUGGAGUGAGGCGUUUAGCUCGGCAUCAAAGCACAAUGCCUACUUCGGUUAUCUCUAGUCAGAGCAUGCAUUUGGGAGUCCUUGCUACAGCUUCUCAUGCUGUUGUUACCAAAACUAUCUUUCUUGUGUUUUACAAGCCCAGGAUUAGCCAAUUCAUAGUAGGAGUGAACAAGUAUAUGGAAGCCAUGAAGCAUGGAUUCUCUCUUGGUACCAGAUUCAGAAUGAGAUUUGAAGGAGAAGAGUCUCCUGAGAGGAUGUUUACGGGUACUAUUGUGGGAAUUGGAGAUCUAUCUUCACAAUGGCCAGCUUCUAAGUGGAGAUCAUUGCAGGUUCAAUGGGAUGAGCCAACAACAGUUCAGAGACCAGACAGAGUCUCACCAUGGGAGAUUGAGCCUUUCUUACCAUCUUCCCCAGUUUCAACACCUGCUCAUCAAUCACAACCCAAAUGCAAACGGUCAAGACCUGUAGAAUCAUCAUCUGUUCUCACUCCAGCUCCAGCCACUUUCUUGUAUAGCGUCCCUCAGAGCCAAGAUCCAUCAACUGAGAGAAACGUAGGUGGAUUCAAUGCUGAGACUCUUCCUCCCUCUGCGAAUUGUUGCUAUAGGUUGUUUGGAUUUGAUCUCACAAGCAAUCCUCCUGCUCAAGACAAGCAAGCUAUAGAAGCUUCUGGAGCUGCCAAGUGUCAAGAACCCAUCACUCCAAGCGCAGCUAAUGAGCCUAAGAAGCAACAAACUUCCAGGACACGAACCAAAGUGCAAAUGCAAGGGAUAGCUGUUGGUCGUGCGGUUGAUUUAACGCUGUUGAAAUCAUAUGAUGAACUGAUAAAGGAGCUUGAGAAGAUGUUUGAGAUCAAAGGACAGCUUCUUACUCGAGACAAAUGGGUCGUUGUCUUCACAGAUGAUGAAGGAGACAUGAUGCUUGCUGGAGAUGAUCCAUGGAAUGAGUUUCGCAAGAUGGCUAAGAAGAUAUUUAUAUAUUCGAGCGAUGAGGUUAAGAAGAUGACAACGAAGUUGAAGAGUUCUUCGUCGUUAGAGAAUGAUCAAAGUAUGGAUUAA